AUGGCUUCUCCUAGUGUUUGGUUAAUCACGGGUGCCUCCCGAGGACUCGGUUUCGAGAUCGCCAAAGCGGCGUUGCAGGCCGGCCACACGGUUGUAGGGGGUCGGCGCAAUUCCGGCGAAGAUGACCCCCGAGCAGCCGAGUUACAGUCCCUGGGUGGGCACUGGAUCAAUCUCGAAAUGGCCGGCGAACAUGUUGAAGAGAGGAUUGCGGAAGUGGCAGCGAAAUACGGGAAAAUCGACGUGCUGGUCAACAAUGCUGGCUACGGUGUAGGAGGGGUUGCAGAGGAUAUCGGCAUACAAUUAUACCGAGACAUCAUAGAAGUCAACGUUAUUGGUGUCAUACGAGCAUGUCAAGCCGUCACCCCCAUCAUGCGCAGCCAGGGCCACGGGACCAUUGUCAACAUUGGAAGCCUCAGCGGCAUCAUUGCGGAGCCCGGAGUCAAUGCAUAUGCCUGUAGCAAGCACGCUCUGGAAGGUGUGUUUCUGUUCUCAGUUCUUGGUGCGAUUGAAUGCGCUUACAUUCUCUGUAUAGGCUUCACAGAAAGCUUCUCCAAGGAAGUAUCUGCUUUCAAUAUUCGCACACUGCUUGUAGAGCCCGGGAAUAUCGACACGGACGUGGCGGACGUCACCAAAACUGGCAUUGAGGUCCCCAGAAGUGAACCGUAUCGUGGAUCGCCAGCAGAUAUAAUCCUGAACACCUUAACGAACGCCGAACUCCUCAAGUCCAUCUCCGCCUGUCCCAUCAAAUCAGCCUUGCGUAUUGUUGAGGCCGUAGAUAAGACGGGGAUGUUUGCCGGGCGAGAUGUAAAGCUGAGGUUGCCAUUGGGCAGGGAAGUUCAGGACAUACUCGACUGGGGGAACGAGUUGGUAAAGAGUACUGACAGCUUGAAAGAUAUUGCCAAUAGCGUCUACAAUUGA